UAGCGCUGUUUCGCUUACGUUGCAGCGUUCCCUCCGUCAGUACGGAAGUCGGAAGUAGGGUACUUGUAGACGCUCCCUAACAAUUUGCUGAGAGUCAUCAAUUAUGCAGGCUAGCCGUACGCACUGGGAAGGAAGAUAGCGGCAACAAUAUGGCGACAUCCGCAGUUUCUCCUGGGUCUUUUAAACAUCCUUAGGCACGCAAGAUCUACAUGGAUCGCUCUUAAUGCGGAAAAAGAAGUUCAGUCAGAAACUGGAUCCUGUGCUGGAGAUUCAUAGUCAAGUCACUAACAGUCAAAUGCAUCUUUGCAAUAGAAAUCAAACCUGGCUGUCCUGAAUGGCUUCUAAAUAAAGAGGACUCUGCUGCAGGAUGACAAUAUGGCUGCGCAGCUGCUUGCACCUCCAGGCCCCGAUAGCUUCAAGAAGUUCACCCCAGAGUCUUUGGCCAACAUUGAGAAGCGCAUCGCUGAGGAAAAGAAAAAGAAACCUGUUAAGCCCAGAUCUGACAGCAGUCACCGUGAUGACGAUGACGACAACAAACCGAAGCCCAACACUGACCUGGAAGCGGGGAAGAGCGUGCCCUUUAUUUACGGGGACGUCCCCUCCCAAAUGCUGGCGGUGCCUCUGGAGGACUUGGACCCCUUCUAUAUGAACAAGAAAACCUUUAUAGUGCUUAACAAAGGAAAAACUAUCUUCCGUUUCAGUGCCACGCCCUCGUUAUAUAUCAUUAGUCCUUUUAACCUAUUCAGGCGAAUAGCAAUUAAAAUUUUGAUACACUCAGUUUUCAGCAUGAUCAUCAUGUGUACGAUUUUGACAAAUUGUGUCUUCAUGACAUUCAGCAAUCCUCCAGAAUGGUCCAAACAAGUAGAAUACACCUUCACAGGAAUCUACACUUUUGAGUCACUCACAAAAAUUGUGGCUCGAGGUUUCUGUAUAGAUGACUUCACCUUCCUCAGAGACCCAUGGAACUGGCUGGAUUUCAUGGUCAUCUCUAUGGCAUAUGUAACAGAGUUUGUGGACCUCGGGAAUGUGUCAGCCCUGAGAACCUUCAGGGUUCUACGAGCUCUCAAAACUAUUUCUGUCAUACCAGGGCUGAAAACCAUUGUGGGUGCUCUGAUCCAGUCAGUGAAGAAGCUGUCAGAUGUGAUGAUUCUGACUGUGUUCUGUCUGAGUGUAUUUGCCCUCAUCGGUCUACAGCUGUUUAUGGGUAAUCUUCGGCAAAAGUGUGUCAUCUGGCCAGUCAACAGUACUGAAACCUACCUGUCCAAUGGGAGCAAGGGCUUUGACUUCAAUGAAUACAUCAUGAAUGACACAAACUUCUACUUCCUGCCAGGCAUGCUGGAUGCGCUGCUAUGUGGAAACAGCUCAGAUUCAGGGCGGUGUCCGGAGGGCUAUACUUGCAUGAAGGCUGGACGCAACCCAAACUAUGGCUACACUAGCUUUGACUCCUUUGGUUGGGCUUUUCUUGCUCUCUUCCGACUCAUGACACAAGACUUCUGGGAGAAUUUGUACCAACUGACUCUGAGAGCCGCGGGGAAGACGUACAUGAUCUUUUUCGUACUUGUGAUCUUUGUUGGAUCGUUCUACCUGGUGAAUCUGAUCCUGGCUGUGGUGGCCAUGGCUUAUGAAGAACAAAACCAAGCCACAAUGGAGGAGGCAGAACAGAAGGAGGCUGAGUUCAAAGCCAUGCUGGAACAGCUGAAGAAACAACAGGAGGAGGCACAGGCCAAUGCUAUGGCAACCUCGGCAGGUACAGUAUCUGAAGAUGCAGUAGAGGACGAUGGGGGAGGGCAUCUGUCCCGCAGUUCCUCUGAGGUGUCCAAGCUGAGCUCUAAGAGCGCCAAGGAGCGAAGGAACAGAAAGAAAAAGUGGAGGAAAGAACAGGAGGAGAAGGGUGACAGCGAGAAGGUGGUCAAGUCAGAAUCCGAUGACGGCAGCAAGAGGAGCCGCUUCCGUUUUAGAGACAACAGGCUUGGGCGGAAGGCCUCAAUCAUGAACCAGUCCCUGUUGAGUAUCCCUGGCUCGCCCUUCAUGUCCCGCCGCAGCAGUAUAUUCAGUUUCAAGGGCUCGGAGAACGAGUUUGCGGACGAUGAGCACAGCACGGUCGAGGAGAGCGAAGACCGCCGUGGCUCUCUCUUUGUCCCAUAUAGGCGCAGCAGCUACAGCGGCUACAGCCAGGGUUCCUCACGCAUUAACCCACUGGCACCCCACCCAGGCUGCAAGAGAAACAGCACGGUGGACUGCAAUGGCGUGGUCUCUCUGAUCGGGCCUGGGCCCGGCCGGCUACUGCCUGAGGUGAAAAUAGAUAAGGCAGCUUCUGAUGACAGUACCACAGAGGUGGAGAGGAAGAGAAAACACUCAGGUUCUCUUAUGGUGUCAGUGGACCAGCUCAAUACUUCCUUUAGCCGGAAAGAGCGAGCCAAUAGUGCAAUGACUGUUGUAACUAACACGCUGGUGGAAGAGCUGGAGGAGUCUCAGAGAAAAUGUCCGACCUGCUGGUAUAAGUUUGCCAACACAUUCUUGAUAUGGGAUUGCUGUCCGUUCUGGAUAAAAUUAAAAGAAAUUGUCAACCUCAUAGUGAUGGAUCCAUUUGUAGACCUGGCUAUUACUAUAUGCAUUGUGCUGAACACAGUCUUCAUGGCCAUGGAGCAUUAUCCCAUGACACCACACUUCGAGGAGGUGCUUUCUGUUGGAAACCUGGUGUUCACAGGUAUCUUCACAGCUGAAAUGUUUGCAAAGCUGAUAGCCAUGGAUCCAUACUACUACUUCCAGGAGGGCUGGAAUAUCUUUGAUGGCUUCAUUGUGAGCCUGAGUUUGGUGGAGCUGGGGCUGGCCGAUGUAGAGGGAUUGUCUGUCCUCAGAUCCUUCAGAUUGCUGAGGGUGUUUAAGCUGGCUAAAUCAUGGCCCACUCUGAACAUGCUGAUAAAGAUCAUUGGUAACUCUGUGGGAGCUUUGGGAAACCUGACCUUGGUGCUGGCCAUCAUCGUCUUCAUCUUUGCUGUGGUGGGCAUGCAGCUGUUUGGGAAGAGCUAUAAAGACUGUGUGUGUAAGAUCGCAGAAAGCUGUGAGCUGCCCCGCUGGCACAUGAACGACUUUUUCCACUCAUUUCUUAUUGUGUUCCGGGUGCUUUGUGGAGAAUGGAUCGAGACCAUGUGGGACUGUAUGGAGGUGGCUGGACAAACAAUGUGUCUCACUGUAUUCAUGAUGGUGAUGGUCAUUGGAAACUUGGUGGUGCUGAACCUGUUCUUGGCCUUGCUGCUCAGCUCUUUCAGUGCUGAUAAUCUGGCAGCCACAGAUGAUGACGGUGAGAUGAACAACCUUCAAAUUUCAGUGAUCCGCAUUAAGAAGGGUAUCGCUUGGUUCAAAAUUCAUGUACGUCUCCUGGUGGCCCACAUCCUGAAGAAGAAACCUUUGGAAGACGAAGACAAACCUCUUGAUGACAUGUAUGACAAAAAACUCAACCUCAUGGGUAACCACACUGGUGUGGACAUCAAAUGUGGUGAUCUGAUUUACCCCAAGAAUGGUAAUGGCACCACAAGCGGCAUUGGUAGCAGCGUAGGAAAGUACAUGAUUGAUGAGGAGCCCAUGUCCUUCAUACACAACCCCAACCUAACGGUACGGGUUCCCAUUGCUGUGGGAGAGUCGGACUUUGAGAACCUCAACACAGAGGACUUCAGCAGUGAGUCGGAUGUGGAAAAUAGCAAAGAUCUGGAUGACACCAGCUCUUCCGAGGGAAGUACUAUUGACAUAAAGCCUGAUGAGGAGGAAAUGGCUGUAGUGGAGGUUGUAGAGGAAUACUUGGACCCAGAAGCCUGCUGGACUGAUGCCUGCAUUGCACGGUACAAAUGUUGUGACGUGCCUAUUACUGAGGGCUGGGGGAAGUACUGGUGGUUUCUGAGGAAAACUUGCUACCUCAUUGUUGAACACAACUGGUUUGAGACACUCAUCAUUUUUAUGAUUCUUCUCAGCUCUGGAGCUCUGGCGUUUGAGGAUGUAUACAUUGAACAGAGGAAAACCAUCCAGAUCAUUCUAGAAUAUGCAGACAGAGUCUUCACAUACAUCUUCAUCCUGGAAAUGUUGCUGAAAUGGGUGGCCUAUGGAUUCGUCAAAUACUUCACCAAUGCAUGGUGCUGGCUGGACUUCUUCAUUGUGGAUGUGUCUAUAGUCAGCCUUAUAGCUAAUGCGCUGGGCUACUCAGACUUGGGCCCCAUAAAGUCCCUGAGGACUUUGAGGGCUCUCAGGCCCCUGAGAGCUUUGUCCCGGUUUGAGGGCAUGAGGGUUGUUGUGAAUGCUUUAGUGGGUGCCAUUCCCUCCAUUAUGAAUGUGCUGUUGGUGUGUUUGAUCUUCUGGCUGAUCUUCAGUAUUAUGGGUGUCAACCUGUUUGCUGGGAAGUACUAUUACUGCUUCAACGAGACUUCAGAGGAGUAUUUUAAACCCGACGUUGUCGACAACAGGACAGAAUGCUUUGCUCUCAUCAAUGCGAACUACACAGAAGUUCGCUGGAAGAACGUGAAGAUCAACUUCGAUAAUGUAGGCGCAGGUUACCUGGCACUCUUGCAAGUGGCCACAUUCAAAGGCUGGAUGGACAUCAUGUAUGCUGCUGUGGAUUCUAGAAAGGUUGAGGACCAGCCCAUCUAUGAGGACAACAUCUACAUGUAUAUUUAUUUUGUCAUCUUCAUAAUCUUCGGCUCCUUCUUCACUCUAAAUCUAUUCAUUGGUGUCAUCAUUGACAACUUUAAUCAACAGAAGAAAAAGUUUGGAGGUCAGGAUAUCUUCAUGACAGAAGAACAGAAAAAAUACUACAAUGCUAUGAAGAAACUGGGAUCAAAGAAGCCACAGAAACCUAUUCCUAGACCUCUGAACCAAAUCCAGGGGAUGGUAUUUGACUUUGUCACUCAGCAGGCCUUUGACAUUUCCAUCAUGAUGCUCAUCUGUCUUAACAUGGUAACCAUGAUGGUGGAAACAGAUGAUCAGUCAGAUGAGACAGAGAACAUCUUGUACUGGAUAAACUUCAUAUUUAUUGUGUCCUUCACUGGCGAGUUUGUCCUGAAACUCUUUGCUCUGCGACACUACUAUUUCACCAAUGGUUGGAACAUCUUUGACUGCGUUGUUGUCAUUCUGUCCAUUGUGGGUAUGUUCCUGGCUGACCUUAUUGAGAAGUACUUUGUGUCACCAACUUUGUUCAGGGUCAUCCGCCUGGCUCGAAUUGGCCGCAUCCUCCGUCUAAUCAAAGGAGCUAAGGGCAUCCGGACAUUAUUGUUUGCUUUGAUGAUGUCACUUCCUGCACUGUUCAACAUUGGCCUGUUGCUUUUCCUUGUCAUGUUCAUCUUCUCCAUAUUUGGCAUGUCUAACUUUGCCUACGUGAAACGAGAAGUAGGAAUUGAUGACAUGUAUAACUUUGAAACCUUUGGCAACAGCAUGAUCUGUCUAUUCAUGAUCACCACAUCAGCUGGGUGGGAUGGCCUCUUGGCUCCUAUCUUGAACUAUCCCCCUGAUUGCAACCCAGAGAAGGAGAACCCAGGAACCACUGUUAAGGGCGACUGCGGCAACCCCUCAGUGGGAAUCUUCUUCUUUGUAAUGUACAUUAUCGUGUCCUUCCUGAUUGUGGUGAACAUGUACAUCGCUAUCAUCUUGGAGAACUUCAGUGUCGCCACCGAGGAGAGUGCUGAUCCACUGUGCGAAGACGACUUUGAGUCCUUCUAUGAAAUCUGGGAGAAAUUCGACCCCGACGCUUCGCAGUUCAUCACCUUCGCCAAACUGCCGGACUUUGCGGAUACAUUAGAACAUCCUCUCCGUGUGCCAAAGCCAAACAUCAUCGAGCUGAUCGCCAUGGACAUGCCCAUGGUGAGUGGCGACCGCAUUCACUGCUUGGACAUUCUGUUUGCCUUUACUAAGCGCGUGCUGGGCGACAGCGGCGACCUGGACAUGAUGCGACAGCAAAUGGAGGAACGCUUCGUGGCGGCGAAUCCCUCCAAGGUGUCGUACGAGCCCAUCACCACCACGCUGCGGCGUAAGCAGGAGGAGGUGUCGGCUGUCGUGAUCCAGAGGGCAUACCGUUCCCACCUGGCGCGCAGAGGCUUCAUCUGCAAACGCAGAUCGGCCAACAACAAGCUGGAGAACGGAGGGGCCAAUCAGGAGAAGAAAGAGGGCACACCUUCCACUGCAUCCCUGCCAUCCUAUGACAGUGUAACCAAGCCCGAGAAGGAGAAGCAGGACGAAAACAACGAAGGCAAGGGCCGCAAGGAGAAAGGCCGAAACCAAAAAGACGUCAGGGAAUCCAAGUGUUAAAACUUCUGCGAUAAAACUCAUGGACAGUGAUAAUGAUCAUGACGAUAUUAUAACAAAAACUGUCAUUUCAAGCGAAUGGAAACCCUGAUUAAACUAUACAGAUGUACAGAUUAAUUUCAUUUAAGGGGAAAAAACAAAGCCGAAGUAACACGACAAAAAAUUGUUUACAAACGUCACUGGUGUAUCGAGGCGAAGAAAAAUGUUGGGGUUCCUCAAAGCUUGAAAACUCUUACAAGUUAAACCAAACAUAAUCAGCUUCCUGUGUGACACUGUUGCAUCAAGACUUGAUUUAAACAGAAUCAAAUACGAACUCAAAAAGACAGAUACUUGAUCAAGUGUAUUUUAGAGGGCUAUAUCGCGCUUCAGUAUGGAACUCUUCACCGAGCAGGAAUGUGAUAAUCCAAGGGAAAACUAGGAUCGAAUCCCAUGCUUCUGAACUGCGUCGGCGAACUUUCCAUGCAGAAAACAAACACUCAUUCACGAAAGAAUCGGCUUGCCGAGGUGGAUUGCGAAGGAGUCUGCACCGUUUCAUUGCAUAUGUGUAAGAACUCAACGUUACUGUGAGAGUGAGCAGGAUAGACAUGAGUGUGAAACAAAACUAAGAGUCUGGCUGAUUCCAACGGUCUCUUUGCGUUUGUUAGCGUCGAAUAUAUUUUACAUGGUCUUUACAUUAUUUGAGCGGCAAAAAAGGAGAAAUGGGAGGAAAAAAAACGAAUUAACAUUUAACAUUUUGCCCAUGUCACCCUCAGUAACUGUGUCAUGAUAACUUUGUUAUACUUGCAUCAAAAGGCUUUUUCUACAUGGGCUUUCACACCGAUAGGACCGGGGGCAAUAACCAGGGGCCCCCAAUACACAUCUCCAAAUGAAUAAUAAAUUAUUGUGCUUGUUCAAUGCAUAGAAAUGACUUGCAUGAUGGCAUGUUUUGAUCAGAAAUUUUGCAUGAGUAAUCAUAGUCCACAAAACACUAAUACAGACCACCACAGUGGCUUGACGAUGUUUUAGGCUGUCCACUGGCUAAAUUUAUGACCAGAAAUCAAAUUUAAUUUGAUUUGAUACUGAGAAAACCGAAUUGGGCCUUCUCCUCUACUUAACUUUAUGAAAUUGAUUCUCAAACAUUUGGGAUUGGCUUCAGAUGGUGCAAAAUGCCUGUGACUAAUCAGUGGCUUACGUACAUUGAAACAAAUACUAGCAUUGUGGCACAUUAUUGGAGAGGAAGGAUACAAGGGACAUCCCAUUUUUUUUGCUGCUCAGGAGAUAAUGAAUGGGAAAACUAAAUGUUGGAAUGUGUGUGUGUAUGGAGACGAGAGGAAAAUGAUACAAAAAAUAACACUGUAAUUCCUAAUGCUUCUUAUUUUAUUUGUAUGCAGCAAUAUUGCUUACCUCACCUACGGCACUGCCCGCGCUGCGGGUCACAUGGUAGGUGGGUCCAGGGAGGGGCAAGAGGGUAGGGUGGGGGUCAAAGUUUUGGGCAUUAUUAGGGGUGUAGCAAGUUGGUUGGCAUUUUUAAUCCUCAUCAGGGGUUAGAUGAGAUGAGCUAUAACCGUUUCGAGAAAGUGGCAGUUUUUUACUUUAGAGAAAUAGAAUUAUGAUACUUUUUCAUUUGAUUUCUACAUGCCGUUUCUUUAAAGAGUUUUGCAGUGUGUCUAAGUCUAGUCUCGUCCCGGCUGGUCCCGUCGAGGGUCAGCCGGGCGUUUUUAUCCGUGUAUAAAGCCAUCACAUCUUCAGCAAUGGUUUGAUUGUAGCCAGGACUUGAGAGAGAAAACAGCGGGAUGGUUGGGCAGUCACAGCUGUUUAAGGAGAAGCCAAAGAUGUUUGUCUGAUUAUGUGUGCGAUUUUGUGUCUGGAAGUUUCUGGAAUGUCUCAGGAGUGGAGCGAUCUUCUCUUGCUUAACGCUUUCAGACAGACUGAUGCUUGUUGACUUUCCCCAUUAUUCUCAGGAUACAACACAGAUGUAUCAUGCAACUCUGAUGUGAUCAAUAAGGGCCUUCAGUAGGUCCAGAGAAUGUUUGUAUUAUGGGUGGAGCUAAAGCAGGAGCUCUCCCACCACAUUGAACUCUCAUGUAGAGAGAAGAGCAGGGCUAUCUGACACAGAGCCGAGCUUCAGAGAUUUCAGGCCGUAAUAAAAGUGUUGCUGUGGCAGUGACGAUGAGAUGAGAUCCAGACUGAGAAUGCUGAUAGUUCUCACCGCUGCUCUACAGAGGGACUUGGUUUUAAAUGUGCAGUUAUUCGACCCCUGGUCAGCCUUGUUUUUCAUCAGUAGUCCACCACACUAAUGCCAAAUAACCAUUCAGCACUGGUCCCACAGCAGCUUACUGUGAGCCGGGCAACUCCACACAUCAGAGCAACUACAUUUUCAGUUUCUUUUAGUGAUGUCAGCAGUUUUCCCUUACCUUUCAUCUGGUGUCGAUGGUCCAGUUGCUGCAUGCGAGGGUGUUGACCUGAACUAAAACAAACGAACAAACAAAAAAAACCUCUGCUCAGCAAAGCUCAACCAUUCUCAUUUAUGCAGCCAUGCAGGCUCAACUGUAUAAACAACAACAACAACAACAACAACAAGAGCAAAUAAAUGUUCAUACAUUCAUUUAAAAACAAAAAUGAAUGAAAAAUCAAUUUAAAAAAAUAUAUUGUACAGUAUAGGCUAUGUUGUAAGCAGCACAAAAUGCUGAAAAGUUAAGAAUGAACUUUUUAAGAGACUAUAAAUAAUGUAAUAUAUAAUUUUAUUUUAACAGCAUGCAUAGUUUUUUGUAAAUACAGAAAUACUUUAAAAAAACUACUGCUAUUAAUCUAAUACUGAAAAAUAAUUAUAACCUUAAUAGAAUGGCUUCACUCAUUGCCCUGGUCUCACUAGGUAGACUGUGACAUAUUUGUUAGGUGUAGAUUUUUUGACACACUUUUCACAUUAAAGAGGGGAAUCCAAUAUAUGUUCGAUGCAAAAAGUAUAUAUAAAUCUAUACAUAAAUCAAGGCAUAUAUAGAGCUAUACAACAUAUGUAUUUAUGUAUACAUGUAUAUGUACAUAUGUGUAUAUAUAUGCACACAUAUGCAUAUGUAUGUAUAUAUGACAUGAGAGCACUGUCCUCCUCUGUGUUGACCUCUGCUUGGAGUUGAGGGGAAGCACUACUGGCUGUCAUUUUCUCGCGUUCUUCUUUCUUUCGUGCAAUACGUUCGGUGAACGACCAAAACUCUGACCUGGCCCACACAGUGUGCGCUUGUGUGCGUGUUCGAGACGUUUGGGUUUGAGCGAGUGAUGUCUGUGUGCGUGCGCGGGUCUAGCUUUCGAUGCACGACGAUGUACUGGCUGCUCGCUAUGGCUUAUGUCGCCCGUUUUUGGGAGGGGAAUGCACUACCAGCAAUUCAUUUACACCCUGUGUGAAUACAUCCUACCAUCUCCAACUCACAUACUACGUACAUAUGCACUAGACGCCACAUGUUCUUCCCUCAUAAACCCCCGUUUUCAUCUCUUGGCUUAAUCGGCAAAUGCCAUGAUCUUUCAGUCCGAGUCUGAGAGAGAGCGAGUAUGUGUGCGCGCCUGUGUGCGUGUGGGGUGGGGAGGGGGGAGGGGACGAAGUGUGUGUGACGAUUUGGUCACUUUAAAUGUGUGUGAUGCAGUUUGACUUAAGCUUAGCUUGUUCUUCAUCUCUUAGAUACACAGCAAUGCAAUUUGCAGUCUUAGGUUUGGUUAGGCUUUAUAUUAUGCUUUUCUUGUCUUUCUAUGUUUGUUUAAGGUGCCUUUUGCUGCCAAUUUUGUUUGUCAAAAAUGUAGAUGAUGUUGCAUAAAAUUCUCCUAAACAAGUGGAGCUUGUUUCAAAUGAGCACUGGGAGAAAGAACUGAAAUAAAGAAUGUCUGUGACAUCUAUUAAAAAGAAAAAAAGAAUAAACAAAAAUAAACAACAAAAAAAAUUACAAAAUACCCCAAAAAAAUUACAAAAAGAGGAAAAAAAAGAAAAUAAAAAAAAGAAAACUUAACUGGCAUCAGCCUGACUUCAUCAUCAGAGAUUGUCAAAUAGCAUGGGGCGGGAAAUGGAGUGCGUCGGUCACUCGAUGAAUCUCUUAAAGGUUGAGUCUGUUGAAAGAGAAACAGUUUGCCUUCUGUGCUCAGCUUAUGUUAAUUUUCAGCCACUUCUUUUUAUUUUUCUAUAAAUACUGAUUUCUGUCUAUUAUUUUGUAGCAUGACUGAGAUGCUAUUUCCUUCAUUUGCUGAAAAUAAUUCAAAUGGUUUUUGGUUCAUAAAGUUGUUCUUAUCUCUUGCCACUGAUGUUGGAGAGGAGAGGGUGUGUUGCACAACCACUUGACUUAGUGAGAAUCAGUGAAAGAUUGUCUUCAUUUGAGCACGAAACCUUUUCCAAACAAUAAAGCAGCCUUCCAGUUA